AUGGCGGCGGGACUCUCAUCAAACUGGAAAAAGCUGCAAGCGACUUUGAAGACAGAGUCUUCUUCCACGCCCGCCAAGGACAAGGCGCCCGCCAAAAGAAAGGCUGGCGGAUCUCUGACGGCCCAGCCCAAGCGGCAAAGAUUGGAACAGACACAAAAGACAGACCGUCCAGUCGCAAAACCAACGCCCAAGGGCACCAAGUCGUCGGGGGCCGCCAUGGGCGUUGCGCAAUCCUCGGCCGUCGCAAAGGGCUCAUCGUCAACCGUGAAUCCCUCACUUGCACUCUGGGCCGAGGACAACGAUAUAUCAGCCGAAGCGCUGGCAGAGGCGUAUGGUUUGGGAAUCAAGCGGAAUGCCCUCGUCGUCUCUGAGCAGCCCCGCGUCAAUGAGGGAUUGGCCCCCGGCAUCGAGAUUGGCAAAUACGUUGCAAUGGACUGCGAAAUGGUGGGCGUAGGGCCCGACGGUCACGACUCUGUUCUUGCACGCGUCAGCUUGGUCGAUUUCCACGGGCGCCAAGUCUACGACUCCUUUGUCCGCCCGAGGGAGCGCGUCACGGAUUGGCGGACAAAGAUUACGGGCAUCACACCAAAACACAUGGCCACGGCCCGCGAGUUCGACGCAGUCCAGCAAGAGGUGGCCGAUCUCAUCCAGGGCCGCAUACUAGUCGGUCACGACAUACGACACGACCUGGCAGUCCUCAUGCUCACACAUCCAACAACGCAUAUUCGGGAUACGGCUCGAUUUGCCGGUUUCAGACAGUACGGGCACGGGCCGAAGCCGGCUCUGCGGACGCUGGCCAAGGAGCUACUCGACAUGGAGAUUCAGACAGGUCACCACUCUAGUAUUGAAGAUGCCAAGGUGGCCAUGCUGCUCUUUAGGAAAAAGAAGUCAGAGUUUGACAUGGAGCAUGCAAACAAGUUUGAAAGGACGGAAAAGGCAGCGGGAAAGGGAGGAAACAAAUCAAAGACUGGCAAGAAAAAGUCACGGCGUUGA